AUGGACUGUAGAGAUCUUAUCAUUGUCUCUGGUAUCGACCGAAUCUCAAGAAAUACAUCAGAGAUUAUUGAAAUAUUUGGAUAUUUCCGGGAAUUGGGAAUUAUUCUACUAUCAAUGACCUUUGAAGAGUUUGAAACGGAAGUCCAACAAACCGGAUCAAGAUACUUUGCUCUAUCAAGUGAUAUUAAUAAUGUAGCGAUCUAUUCAAGAAUGUCACGUCCUUUGAUUAAUGGUAAACCUAAUAGUGGUACUUCAAUCAAUGAUCAAGUCAAGGUUUCUUAUUUAAGCUUCCUAAUUGCAUGCUGUGCCAAUCCAUUGCUAAAGAUGGCAAUCGAUGAAUCAACCAUUGAAAAACAAAAUGAAAAGGUUGAAGAGAAGCUAUACGAUAAUGAUCAUGGUAUCAAAGUAACUAUUGAAGAAGAAAGUGAUGAUGAAGAAGAGAGUGAAGAUGAAAAAGAAAAAGAAAAAAAGAUAUACUUACCAAGGUGUUUCUUUAAAUUUAUUUGUCAAGAUGUUAUUAAUUUAUUCAAAGAGAUUUGUUUAUCAAAACAAAUAAGUGCAUAG